GUGAACCUCCACUCACUCUCUCUCUCCCUCUCUGGAACUUUGCUUCUCUCUGAUUGCUUCACAGCAACACCAUGGGUGGUAAUGUGGAGAGGAAGGUGAAGGUGGCGGAGGUGGCGCUGAGGGCCCUCCUCUGCGGGCUGGGAGCCCUGGCGGCGACGCUGGUGGCUACCGACAGCCAGACCAGGAUGUUCUUCUCCCUCCAGAAGAAGGCCAAGUUCACCGACAUGAAGGCCUUGGUGUUCUUGGUGGUGGCCAAUGGCGUGGCCGCCGGGUACAGCCUGCUGCAGGCGGCGAGGUGCGCGGUGGCCAUGGCGAGGGGCUCCCGGCUCCUGAACAGGGCCCUGGCCUGGUCCAUCUUCUCCUGCGACCAGGCGCUGGCCUACGUGAUGCUGGCGGCGGUGGCGGCGGCGCUGCAGGCCUCGGUGAUCUCGAAGCGCGGCCAGCCGGAGCUGCAGUGGAUGGGGAUCUGCAGCCUUUACGGCGCGUUCUGCAGGCAGGCCGGCGGGGGCAUCGCCAGCGCCGUCGCCGCGGGCCUCGCCGCCGUGCUGCUCGCCUUCGUGUCGGCGUUCAACCUGUUCAGGCUCUACGGCGGCGCUGGGAAGAAUGGCGCGACGUGGUAGCUUAAUGUAGCGCAUCUUCGGUGCUUCGAGGUGCCCCUAUUGCAACAUUGGAGAGAUGCUCGUGUGCGUGCUUCUUUUCCUUAGAGAUGCUACAUGACAGACUGCAGCAUCAUACAAAUCUUGCAUAGAUAGGAGGGUUGUUUAGGAAUUUGUAGGAUUUUAGUUCAAAUAUGAUAACGUGGACUUGGCUUUGGUGUUGCAAAGAACUUUUGACUUCCGUCGAACACAGCUUUCCCAGUUUUCAAUUGCCUGAGAAUUUCUUAUCUCCCGUCGUCAACCUAAAAUUGUAAUUAAUAGCUUAGAAUUGC